UCCUAAAUCUCCACCACCACCGCCACCGUGAUAGCCACUGCCGCUAAGGGUGGUGUGAGCUAAUUGGUAGUUGAAACCAGGGGCAUAACCAGUCAUGGGUACUUCACAAGAUGGUAUAUAUCAACCAAUGCUACAAAACAACCCACCAUCUUUGUUACCACAAUCAUCCGGAAAUCAGAAUGAAUUUUCCAGCGGUCAGCUAGAAAGUAUAUUAGCUGAUAGAGAGGUGCCAUUUCUGCGGCGUCUCGGGCCGGCGACGUGGAUUGAACUGAAGCUACUCUUCCACCUUGCUGCUCCGGCGGUGGCUGUUUACAUGAUCAACUACCUGAUGUCUAUGUCCACCCAAAUCUUCUCUGGUCAUCUUGGUAAUCUCGAACUUGCCGCUGCCUCCCUUGGCAACAAUGGCAUCCAAAUGUUUGCCUACGGUCUCAUGCUAGGUAUGGGAAGUGCAGUAGAAACACUAUGUGGACAAGCAUAUGGAGCACAAAAAUUCGAAAUGCUAGGCAUUUAUCUACAAAGAUCAACCAUCCUCCUGACAGCAACCGGUGUCCUACUCUCCUUCGUCUUCAUUUUCUCCGAACCCAUCCUUGUAUUCCUCGGUCAAUCGCCAGAAAUUGCAUCGGCGGCAGCCCUCUUCGUCUACGGCCUAAUUCCUCAAAUAUUCGCAUACGCCAUAAAUUUCCCUAUACAAAAAUUCUUACAAGCUCAAAGCAUUGUGGCACCAAGUGCUUAUAUAUCAACAGUCACAUUACUCCUACAUAUGGUCCUGAGUUGGUUGGCUGUUUAUAAGAUUGGGCUUGGGUUGUUAGGUGCUUCACUUGUGUUGAGCCUGUCCUGGUGGAUAAUUGUGGUGGCUCAGUUUGUGUAUAUAGCGAAAAGUGAGAGAUGCAAGGAGACAUGGGCCGGGUUUAGCUGGCAGGCCUUUGCUGGGCUGCCGGGGUUCUUCAAAUUGUCGGCGGCAUCGGCGGUGAUGUUAUGCUUGGAGACUUGGUACUUUCAGAUUCUUGUUUUGUUGGCUGGGUUGCUGGAAAAUCCUGAGUUGGCUUUGGAUGCUCUCUCCAUUUGCAUGACGAUUUCUGGAUGGGUGUUCAUGAUUUCGGUUGGUUUCAAUGCAGCCGCAAGUGUGAGAGUAAGCAAUGAGCUAGGAGCUGGGCAUCCCAAGUCUGCUGCAUUCUCAGUUGUGAUUGUGACCUUAUUGUCUUUCCUCAUCUCCUUGAUAGCAGGCAUUGUCGUCCUCGCACUUCGCCACGUCAUCAGCUAUGCCUUUACAGAAGGUGAAGCUGUGUCCAACGCUGUCUCUGAUCUCUGUCCUCUGCUUGCCCUUACUCUCAUCCUUAAUGGGGUCCAACCCGUCUUAUCCGGUGUGGCUGUUGGGUGUGGAUGGCAAACUUUUGUUGCAUACGUCAACGUGGGCUGUUAUUAUGUGGUCGGAAUUCCAUUGGGUUUGUUGUUUGGUUUUUACUUCAAAUUUGGCGCUAAGGGAAUAUGGUCUGGGAUGAUUGGCGGCACAGUAAUGCAAACCAUAAUUUUAUUGUGGGUCACAUUUCGAACAGACUGGAAAAAAGAGGUAUGUUUCCAUAAUUCUGUGGAAGAAGCAAUGAAGAGAUUGGAUAGGUGGGAAGUUGAGAAAGAAGCAUCGUUGAAGGGCUAAAUGUUGCAUGCUUCUGAUAUUCCCUAUCUUGCUAAUGCCAUAGCCACCUUGCUUGACCCCAAUGAGCAACUAAGAAAUAAGAAAUUAUGAAGAGACAGAAUCCUGGAGUGUUACAUUUAUUUUCGAUCUUGUUUUUUAUUUUUG